AUGAAGCUCGAGUUUAUGUUCGAAAUCAUGCACGUGCCCUUCUUAAAAGAGAGUGACUCAGCAGCUGCUGGUCAGAGGAUGAUGAUGUCAUCAGAGCACCUGACCUGUGGUUGGCUGCGACAGCUACUCCUUGUGCUGGUGGAGCUUUGUCUCGCCUUUUCUGGGCCGCUGCGGCCUGGCAAUGAGACGGACUGCGCGGCCAGGAGCCCUGCUUCCUACAUCCUGGUCUUCACCGGUCACUGGAGCCCCCAGGCCUUCCCAAAGCAGUACCCGCUCUUCCGGCCCCCGGCACAGUGGUCAAAACUCAUAGUGGAUCCUACACUCCAGCCCACCUUUCCGCUGGUCUACCACAGUGUUGGCGGUAAGGACAGGGGUGAUGGUUCUAGGGGCGGGGAAGCGGUCAGCCAUAAUCGGCAUUUUAGGCUCUGGGAGGAGGACGCAUCAGCGAGUCCCGGGGUGCAGCACUUUGCUGAAGUCGGGGUCACGGUGGAGCUGAUGAGGGCGGCCAAAGAGGCCCGGAAGAAGCGCACGGUCGGCGCAAUGCACCGAACGGCUGGCAUCCCCAACGGCAUCGGUCACAGCUCCACAGAGAUGCUCAUGCAGCCCCGGAAUUCACUGUUGUCCCUGAUGGUGAAGAUGAUCCCGAGCCCAGACUGGUUUGUGGGUGUGGACAGUCUGAAUCUCUGUGAGGGUAACCAGUGGAAACAGGAGGUGACCCUCAACCUUCAGCCGUACGAUGCAGGGACAGACAGUGGAUUCACUUUCUCCUCCCCAAACUUCCCCACCAGCCCCGCAGAAAACAUCACAAAGAUCACGUCUCAGAUGCCCAACCACCCGGCCAAUUCCUUCUACUACCCGCGCCUAAAGGAGCUCCCACCCAUUGCCAGCAUAAAGAUCAGCCGACAGCGCAGAUCAUCUGACCGUCAAACCCUGAUGUCCAAUCACAUUCUGCCGAACUCCAUCAGCCCCCAGCGGUUCUCAGCUACACCUCUGGACUGUGAAGUCUCCCUCUGGUCGUCCUGGGGUCUGUGUCUGGGUCCCUGCUCCAGGGGGGGCGUUCGUCACCGCACGCGCUACAUCCUCCUCCGGCCAGCCAACGCGGGCAGCCCCUGCCCUGAACUGGAGGAGCAGGCUGAAUGCAUACCGCACAGCUGCAUGAAGAAACGGCAGUAACAGCGAGCAGGAGCACAAACACAGCCUGUUUUCAGCUCAGUGCUGGGAAUUUCUGUUAUCACUGCAGGACUGAGGAAACAUAGUUCAUCCUGAGCAUCUACCUGAUGCUGUAAAGGAUGUUUUUUUUUUCCUUUCAUUGCAGCCGAACCGUGGAAGUUACCAGUCCACUGCCUUGUGAGUUGAAGCUAACACUGCUCUGGGUGUAUUUUAGUUGUCGUGAAAAAAUGUUUUUAAGUUAAAAGACAACAGAUUAAAUGUUAAGUAGAAAGUAACUUAUGAAAUGCUGUACAAUCGCAUUACCAAAAAAAAAUGAAAUAAAAAAUCAGGGACAUCACUUGUACAUACAAGAUGCAUGUGGCCAUGCAGGCUUACACUCUUGAAUGAAUCAGCAACUAACGUUUAUCCAGAACAGGAACCUUUUCACUAUGAGGCAACAAU